AAUUUGUUUUCCUGCGGCCACGUGAACGUUAAGCUGCAGCUCGAUUCCCUGCGAUUUCAAGUCGAUUUGAGUCCGAACCGAAGCCGAGAGAAGACAAGAUGAGCGCGUCCGUGUGCUACAGAUGCAACAAUGUGGGCCACUUCGCCCGUGAAUGCACCAAGGAUGGCGGCGGCGACCGUCGCAUGGACAACCGCGAGAGUCGCGGCGGCGGAAAAUGCUACAAGUGCAACCGCUUCGGACACUUCGCCCGCGAGUGCACCGAGGACCAGGACCGUUGCUACCGCUGCAACGGAGUCGGACACAUCGCCAGGGACUGCAGUCAGAGCGGCGGCGCCAGCGGCGGAAGCGGCGGCGGCGGCGGCUCCAGCGGUGGAUACCGCGAGCAGUCGUGCUUCAACUGCAACCAAACCGGACACCUGGCCCGGGACUGCAAAGAGCAGAGCAACAGGGCUUGCUACCAGUGCGGCAAGACUGGCCACUUCAGUCGCGAGUGCAAGGAACGAGGUGUUGCUGCUUGAGAGGCUGGAAAUCGGGAGUAUUGUGGCAACUGCGAGGCCUGCCCUACACGGGAUAAAUACACUAGCGAUUAUCACAACACAUUAUCUACACUUCUUCUUCAAGUUCGCGCAUAGUUUUCAACAUGUACACCUGCAGACAUUUUCCAGCGCGAUUAGGCAGAGCUUCUUAAUUCUUCAAUUUUGAUUUAAGUGUAAUGGAGGAUGGCAUACGAAUAGAAUUAUUAAAAUAAGAUUUGUAACCCGUCAGCAGUACAGUCAUGUGCUGCAAAGAAGUCGAUCGAUUUAGUUGGAACAAAUUUUUGUGCCAAUAACCAUUGUAUUGUUGCUCCUGAUUUCAAGACAAAAUGGAGAAAGAAAAUUAUAUAUAAUUAAACGAAAUUUAAGUUUGGUGACCUAUCUCGUCCACAUUAUUUGAUUUGGAUUCAGUUCUAAAGGCAUGGUGAAGUUUUUUGUAUUUAGCUUGGUCUCCAGAAUCUAACGAGCAGACUGAGAUGGAUGUUUGAAGAGGCUUUAUUUAGUGAGAACAGCACAAGCAGUAAUAGUUGCCCCUCGGAGGCGCUCUGUUCUCGCUCGGACACUCAUUUCCCCCUGCCCCAUCAUUCAUUAAUGAUGUUUGAAAUUUUGUAAGUGCCUUACCUAGGCAUUUAUUUUUUCUAUAAUUUACAAAGAGUGGUGGGCGAAAUGCAUAGGCUGGCCCUUCCAAGUUUCUGUGAUCAAAACAUGAGGUUCGCUGACUAAUAUUUUUUGGAUUAUUUUUACAUUCCGCGUAACCCGACGAGGAAUUAAAAAUUUCGCAAAAAAUAUUGCCGUUAGAUCAUCAGAAAAUCAUUAGGCUAUUGGUUAACAAACGUUUGCUGCACAACUGAAAGUUUGUAACUGACUACUAACUACCUACAAAAGCCACUAAUUUUAAUCCAGUAAAUUGUAAUUGUUGAAAAUUAUUAAAAGCGACCUGAAUUUAAAAGUAUCCCUUAAACAA